AUGGCAUCGGCGCAGCCCCAAUUGCCGACCGUUGCCGUGACGGAUGCUGCUGAACAGCCUCGAGGAUUUAAGAAGCGCAAAGUCAGCAUUGAAGCGCCUUCUGCUUUCCGCUCCUCCACUACCGCUCGCGAUGCCUGUGGGUCGCCAUCACAAUGCUCACUCUGUGGUUUUGGUGCGUCAACUCUGGAUCAUUUGCUAACUCACGUUCGCGAGUCGCAUGAUCAAGUUAACGAGCAAGCGACGUCUCAGAUGGCGCUCCCGUUUGAAGUAGCACAUAUGCUGGUACAACGCGUGCUGGAUGAAGCGGCACUGGGAGGUUCCACGAGUGCAUGGCUUGAGAACAUGCAGCUUCAGUACAUAUCGGCGGCUGGCUUAUUAGCGGCUUUGGAUCGAAGGGAUGCUCAUGGCGUUGCGCAAGCGAUCGGCAAGCUGCAAAAUACGUCGCAGUCAAGAGAUGUGACGAUGCUAUUCACAACACUGCAACAGGCCGCCCAGAUCUUGCUACAGGCCUCGACGCCUACAACAGCAGAUGCCACGCCAGUUGUGGCCGUGUCUGUUCACCAGAAAGCUCAGACACAAAACUCAGCACAAGAUUUUGAGGAUACAGCAACACCGGCACAGAAAGGAAAGGAUUCCAGCAUUCACGAGGCUGAAGCGGCACAGGCGCUGACUGGACUUCGCUCCACAACUUCAAGUGCGGUAGCAUCAACGACGCCGACGGCGUCCGCACGACCACCGGCUGCGCCCAAAACAUCUCCACAGGCCCCUCAACCGUCAUUUCCGUCCUUCGUGCUGGAGUCACCACUGACAAUUACAGCGCCACAACCGCAACUCAACAGUCCACACUUCCAUCCUCCAGAUCUAUUUACUCCAGGAUCGGUGCGGUCACCUCGCACUCCGUCGUCAUUACCGAGUCUUUUCUCACGCAGAUUACUGGCGCCACUAGCAUCUCCAUCUAGUGGGACGGAGCAAGCAGAGCGUUCAAUGCAAGUGAUGCAUGGAUUGGGAUACCAGAACCCUUUGAUUGUCACGGAUCAACGGAAUCCGUCCUGCGUUACUACAAUUCGACCAGAUACAUCCCCAGCAUCCCUUACUCCAGUGUACUACCCAUCCUUUCCAACAUUGUCGACCGCUAAUAAUGCCAUGAAGUCUGGAGCCACUCGAACGAAUCGACCGACUUCGGCAUCUCCUGUUAAGCGAAAAAGUAUCACGUCGAAGCAACUCAGUGUGAGAUGUGAUGCUGAAGUUGCCGCUGCUCGUGCGGCGGCAUGCACGGCAGCGGCUGCAGCAGAUACGUCGGGUCUGGUGCCGUUGGGCCCAAUCUCCGUACCUGGUAUGCCCAGCACACCUGCCACGCGCAAAGCCACUCCCCGUCGAUGGACAAAAGAUGAGGAUGAUGCAUUACGUACUGCUGUGGAAAACCAUCGCGAGAAAAAUUGGAAAGCUAUUGCUGCUCAAGUGCCUGGACGGAAUCACACGCAAUGUUUGCAACGAUGGACCAAGGUUUUGGCGCCAGGUCUCGUAAAGGGUCACUGGUCUCCACACGAGGAUGAAUUGUUGAGGCGUCUUGUAGCAACUGAACAGAAGAAUUGGGGUGAGGUGGCUUCUAAGAUCCCGGGCCGCACGUCAAAACAGUGUCGCGAACGGUGGCAUAACCACUUGGACCCACAGAUCGUGCGAGGGGCAUAUACUCCUGAGGAAGACCGACUAAUUUUGGAGGCGCAAGCGCGUCUUGGCAACCGAUGGUCGGUCAUUGCAGCGAUGUUGCCUGGUCGAACUGAAGACGCCGUAAAAAUUCGCUGGAAGUCGCACUGCCGCGUAUGGCGAGCGCGUAAAUAUUUGCGUAAAAAUCCAAACAGUGACGUGGACAAUAUGAGUGAACCUGCACAGACGCCUCGCACGCCAUUAGUGCCUCCUACUGGCGGUUAUAAGUGGCCCGUACCGCUGCAUGGUGGCGCAGCUGAUGAACAACAGUCGAAUGCAGUACCUACAGAGUAA